ACUGACAUUGAUCUACUGAACAGAGUUCCAGUGUUCUCUGAGAAAUGAUGGCGGUCUGGACUGUCUACCUGUCUCUCUGUUUUCUGGUCGCUUUGAAUGCUUCAGAGGAAACGCAUCCUGUUGAAAGUAAAGAUUGUGGCGAGUGUUGGUUAGGAUGGACUGCCUUUGGAUGCAAAUGCUUCAAGUAUUUCAGUAACCAACAAACGUGGGCUGGAGCCGAGAAAACCUGUUUGGACGUUAAUGCGAACCUUGCUUCCGUACACUUCCGUGAGGAGUACGUGUUUCUACAGAACCUGGUUAUAUACGAAACUCAACAUACAACACGUGCCUGGAUCGGAGGCCAUGAUGCUGUUGAGGAGGGAAAAUGGCUCUGGAGUGAUGGAACCAGAAUGAACUUUCAAAUAUGGUCGCCUGGAAAUCCCAAUAACUAUGCUGGAACUGAGCACUGCCUUGAGAUGAACUAUGACGAUGGCAACUGGAAUGAUGACAAAUGUUCUGAAUUUAAGCCCUUUGUGUGUGCGUACUGA